UCUGUUUUGGGGUCCUUGCUAGUUCCUGUUCCACGUAUAACCCCGAUCCUUAGAUGUUUACCAAGCUAGCGAACAAGUCAUACUAGAUAAUGUGUGAAUCUGACUCUAGAGAACUUAAUGACACUAGGUCAUAUUGAUGUAUAUGAAGACUCUUUUCCUGGGUAUCGUCUGGGAUAUUUGUAGUUUUGGAAGUCGCUGUUUAUAUACGGAUGCAGGAUGUCUUGGUUGGUCGACUUGGCAGGAAAAGCUGAAGACUUCUUGAAUAAAGUAGAUGCUGGAGCUGCCAGUGCUCUCACCAAACCCCAAGGCCGCACCUCGUCUUUCUCAGCCUAUGAGGCUGGAGACUCCACCAACACGUCUCAGUACAGCAGCACGACCACCAGUUAUAGCAGCUCUGCCACCAGCUACAGCACUGACAUAUCACAGACACAAAAACACCCCUAUGGAAACACCACCUCCCACAAUGCACCAGGGUCUGGUUUCAUCACUUCAGCCGCUGGCAACAUCAAGAAGUCCAAAGACACCCUGAUGUCACCUAGUGUCUCUCCAACCAACACCCUGCCUCUGGGUUCCUCCAGCUCUCUGAAAACCUCCUCCAGCUUUGUAAGGCCCAGUAAGAAGACUCAGAGCGAGCAGGACGUGGAGGAUGACCUUCUGUUUGACUUCCUAAAUAGCUCUGAUCCUCCGGCCAGCGAGAGGAGAGAGGUCAGAUCCAGAGAUCCACUCAGAGUGCUACCCGAGGGGGGUUCAGGGUCUCCCCAGCUACCACCACCUCCACCUUUGGCGGCCGCUGCCUCUCUGACGGUCCCCUCCACCCCCUCCACGCCCCCUUCUUUGCGGGGCAUGUCCCCUUCUUCCAGCUACAGCUCUCUGUCCACCAGUACCCACAGUGUCAAGACCGGAGUGUCAGAGGAUGGUUCUGCCAAAGAAAGCCAAGACACAUCUGAUGGUUCUGACUCUGGGUUGGCUGUGGCUCAGUCAAUCAGCUACCAGAGCCUGUCAGAAUCUCCGCCCACGCAUGAUGCCCCUCUCCCAGCCCCGGCCACUGUGCCACCCCCAGAGGAGCAGCAGAGUCAGGUGAUUUCCAGUCUGCGUCUUGAGAACCAGCUGCUAAGAUCAGAGGUCGCCUCCCUCAACCAGGAAUUGGCCUCCAUCAUCCAGAGAGCCAAAGACACACAGGAGGAACUGAAUCAGGCCCGGUUGCGCACAGAGCAGUGGAACUCGGACCAGUCUCGCGCAGACCGCGUAGUUAGGGAGCUGAGGUCGCAGGUUGAUGACCUCACGGAAGCCCUCGGUGCCAAGGACGGUCAGCUGGCUGUGCUCAAAGUCAGGCUGGAGGAGGCAGAUCAGCUACUGAAGUCCCGAAGCUCAGCGCUGGAGGAGGCGCAGACCGAGAGGUCCCGGAUCCUCCAGGAUCACACAGAGGGCAGCAGUAUGCAGUCCCAGGCCUUGACCACCAUCCAGGAGAGACUGAGGGAGGCAGAUAUGGCACUGCGCAGGGAGCAGGACAGCUAUAGACAGAUGCAGAGUGAGUUUGCAGCACGACUGUCCAAGGUGGAGGCGGAGAGGCAGAUGCUGGCGGAGGCUGUGACGGGGGCGGAGAGACGGGCGUUGGAGGAGAAGCACCGGGCUGAAGACCUCCAGCAGCAGAUGAAGUGUGCCCGCAACACAGCUGAGACAGCCAAGCAGGAGCUACAGGACUAUAAACACAAGGCCUCUCGCAUACUACAGUCUAAAGAGAAGCUGAUCAGCAGUCUGAAAGAGGGUUCAGGGCUGGAUGGUCUGGAGGGAGUAGGGACCGGAGGUCUGGAGCUAGAGGAGCUACGACAUGAGAAGGAGCUGCAGAGAGACGAGAUCCAGAAACUACAGGGCCAGGUGCAGACACUGCGGUCUGAGAUACAGGACAUGGAGGCGGCUGCCCAGGCAGAGGCAGAGACGUGGAGGGAGCAACAUAUGGAGACCCAGGAGCAGCAUGCCCUCCUCACCAAAGCCAAGCUGGAGGUGGAGGCUGAGGUGGAGCGCUACAAGCAGGAGCUACAGUAUGUAGAAGAGGAGAACCACCGUGCCAAGACCGCACUGCAGAGUCGCAUAAAGGACCGCGAAGAUGAAAUCCAGAAACUUAGAAACCAGUUAACCAACAAGGCUCUGAGCAGCAGCCAGGUGGAGCUGGAGAGCCGGCUGCACCAGCUGACCGAGACUCUGAUCCAGAAACAGACCAUGCUGGAGGCCUUGGGCACGGAGAAGAGCUCCCUGGUCUUCCAGCUGGAAAGGAUGGAGGCCCAGCUAAAGGCCGCCCAGGGAGGAGCUGCGACAGGCGGGCCGGCCAUCAAUAUGAGUAGCGUGGAAAGCACAGGGACGAGACAGAGGAACACACCAAUCCUGUUCAACGACCAAGACAGCCCAGGAGUAUAUGGUCAGGUACGCAAGGCUGCCAGCACCAUCGACCGCUUCAGUAUCCGCCUGGGGAUCUUCCUCCGCCGCUACCCCAUGGCUCGGGUUUUUGUCAUACUGUACAUGGCACUCCUGCACCUGUGGGUCAUGAUCGUUCUGCUCACCUACUCACCAGAGAUGCACGAGGUCCAUGAGAAUCACCCUCGAGGGAGAUAGAAGUCAGGACAUGAAGAUGAAUAUGAGAGUUUUAUGAUAUGUCGUUAAAAUUGGGUUUACGGUUUAGAUUGAGAUGUGUCCUCCUCAAAAUAGUAGCCUGAUACCAGAUCUGUUUGUGCUGUUUCAUCUGACAUGACCAUGGGAGUUGGCAAGAAAACACAAACGGAUCGGGGACCAGGCUAGUUGGCACAGGGACGGAGCAAGCUGCUGAUAAAUAAUUAAUAGUGUACUCUCAUGGAGCUGGUUGGUCCCUUUUGAUUUGCACAUAACUGGCACGAAGCUACGCUACGGGACACUGAUUUACAUUCUCUUUUAUUUCUGAUUUUUGGUUAGCGGUGCAAAACUCCAUUAAGAGAAUUCCCUUUUUUUUCUAGAACCAACUGGUUUCCAACUUUGGAUUGCUGCAAAGUUAAAAGGAUUUUGCAAACCUGCCCGGUUUCUUUAUCUGAAGAUUGACAGUCUAGCACUCUCAGAAUCAUAUGGUUUUGUAGUUAUUACUCAGUCAGUUACAUGCUGGUGGGUGUGCAGUGAUGACCGGGGUUUUGAUUAAGUUUCCCUUCAACGGUUUGAUUUCACCCUUUUUAUCCAAGUCUAGUUAAUGUUUGUUUCCUGCAUAGAGAUUGUAUUUAAAGAAUUAUGUACAUUUAAAAAUAUGAUUAUUUUAUUAAACAUCAACUCUGAAGAUGAAUAUCA